AAAGGAAAUACCGCAGUGCAUUCUGGGAUAGCACAUACAGAGAGAGGUCAGAAAACUUCAGAUUGCUCAAGAUGUCGGUCAUUUGUCUAUCGUCCUUGGGUCGCUGUAGCGCCGUGGCAUUCCGUUCUUCCGCCGGAAUGGUGGUAAGGAUGUGUUAAAUACGUCUGUGUCCAUUUUAACGAUUACCCAAAAGUUAAGGUGGUUUGUUGAUCGUUUCGAACGAAAUGCGCUUGUCAGCUAGCUAUUGUUUACAGACGGCUCGUUGCGGAAGCUUCCGUAGCAUGGCGUACUCACCAAAAUAACGUUUCCAGUCAACAGAGGAAUAUUCAGUAUCUCCAGGAACAAUACUUACGAUUGUGUUGAAUGUGUCCGUCGCUAUCAAAUAAGCGUUUAAAACACGCUUUAAUCCAGGGUCUCCCAUUUUCCGCCUGUGGUGGGCUGCCAUUGUAGUCCAUUUUAGACCACGUAGUCACGCGAGAGUGAACUACAACAACAGCUCCCAUUUCUACAGCCUGAAAAUGGGAGACCCUGGAUGAUAACAUGUCUUAAACGCUUAUUUGAUAGCGAAGGACACAUUGAACACAUCGAAUCGUAAGAGUUGUUCCUGGAGAUACUGAAUAUGCCUCUGACUGGUAACAUUAUUUUUGUGAAACCGAAUAGUUUAGAUUUAGUUGAUCAAGGAUUGAUCACACCUACAGCAUCAUUGCACAAAAUGGUAUGCAGCAUCAUCUAGAUAUGUGUGCAACAAAAGUUCAACAUUCACCUUCUGCUACCAUUUCUGUCAAGUCGUCUAUGCAUACAAUUUGAUGCAUACCUUCGAUAAAUCUAACGUAUGAACCACACAGAACGCACUGCAACUGCCUGCACAGGCAGUGAUCACAACGACAGGGUCAUUGCGGUAUGGUACACCAGAACUACAUUCAUUUCCAAUGAAACGCUGCGUUUGCCUUGCAGCAUUGCGUUGCAGACGCCUCGAUAACAUCCACAGCGUUACAUUUUCGUACACCAGAACUACAUUCAUUUCCAAUGAAACGCUGCGUUUGCCUUGCAGCAUUGCGUUGCAGACGCCUCGAUAACACCCACAGCGUUACAUUUUCGUACACCAGAAGUACAUUCAUUUCCAAUGGCAGAGGCAGUUGCAAUGUGUUCUGUGUGGUGCAUACGUUGGAUUUAUCGAACCUAUGUGUGAAACUGUAUGCUUAGACGGCUUGACAGAAAUGGUAGCACAAGGUGAAUGUUGAACUUUUGUUGCACACGUCCAGAUGAUGCUGCAUACCAUUUUGUGCAAAACACUAUCGGUGUGAUCAAGGAGUAAACAAUGGCUUGUUGUUUGAUGAAGCACUCUUGCUAGCUGCUAAUGUUACAGCAGAAGCUACCUAGCCUGCUGGUUAGGAUAACCAGUGUCAAAAUGUUAGCUGUCACUUGAGAGUAUGUAGCUAACCUCUCAUCAGUGUGAGGGAGUUUGUUACCUGUGUAACUUAACUAUCUGGGUAGGUUAGCUAGCUAGCUAUCAUUACUUAGUAAAGUAAACAAAUGAGAACUGCUGCUAGCUAGGUAGGAUGAUGUAUGCAGAAAUAGGGAGUGGAAUGGACCAUGUUAUAUAAUAAGGGUUCACCUUGGUUGAUUUGUCACUGUAUGAAUUAAGUUAGCUAAUUAAUAAAGCUGGGCUGGUUAUCUCAGUCAAAUUAAGUAAGAAAUAAAUACUAUUUCAUUAUCUGACUGAACCUUAUGCAGGCUUAACAAUGUCCUAUCAGUAUAACGUUAGCCCUGGUACUUCAGUACUUCUACUAGACCACCAUGUAAGGAGGCUAUUUAGUCUUCUUUCCAUACAUACAGAUAGAUAUACAUUUUCUUAUAUAUAUGGCUGGUUUCUUGGACAGAGUAGGGGGGCUUGCCAGCUAGCUAUAUGGCUAGUGUCAGAGUAGCCGACUAAACUCAAAAUAGAGUUGUGGUGACUAGCGUGGGUGGACUGGAGUUCCGACAUCACAUAAAAUACAGUUUUUAUCAAAAACGAUUGCACAAUGUCGUGUGUAAUUGCAGACGAUUCUUUGGAUGCAAAAAUCAGUAGUUUUUGAUAACUUCAUUUUAUGUGACAUCGAAGCUCCAGGCCUCCCACACCAGUCGCUGGUCAACUCCAUCGUAAAUCGUGGAGUUUAAUCGGCUAGUGUCAGAGCUGACAGUAAGCAAAAACUAGUGGAUGUUUUGGCAGCCGCUGCCAAAAUAGCACAGCAAUGUAAACAGGAUGGCCGACUUUGCUUAGUCAAAUAAAGGCACAUAUUUUGUGCUAUUGUUUGAUCUUGCUUCAUCUGUUGCUUGUCAAUACUUCAUAUUGUGUCCACUGGAGAUAGUGGUAUUGUUCACAUGUUUAAAAUGAAGUAAAUACAUUAUGUGCAGAAUGAGUUGGGUUAGUGGUGUAAGGUUAUAUUAUCAUAUAACACUUGAUGUAAUGUAGUUAUGUGAUCUGUAGGGGGACCUGUAUGGGAAUGCCACAAAAUAUGUCUGACCUUGCUGCACCAGGUAUACGUUUCCUCUGAUGUAGGAUCAGCUUACCCUUCCCCAUAUCCUGACCUUAGAUCAGUGUCUAGGUGGGGCAACUUCACACAACUCCCUCAAAUACCUUCUAUACACCUACUCUCUGUGAUGGACUAACGUUAAACUAUUCACUCAACACUGUUUAUACAAUCCUCAUACCAGGAACAUCAUUCAUGAAGAACUUGUUCUAGGCCACAGUUUGUCAUGUGGUUUGUUAUGACACACAUGGAAGAAGCAGUCCUCCUCACUCUCCUCUCUUACUGUCAGGCGGUUCGGUAUGCUCAGACAGCAGCAGCCACAGCCCCACAGCCUAGAAUCAAGAAGUUCCAGGUGUACCGCUGGGACCCAGACACAGUUGGGGACAAGCCUCGCAUGCAAACCUUUGAGAUCGACCUCAACACGUAAGUACAGCCCGCCUUAUCAGCUCCACACUUCCAUUAGUUUAUUGGAACAAGGACUUUGUCAUUUAUUGAAUGUUAUCACAAACCACGUUUAAUUUCUUGCGCAAUUUCAUUGAAAAGCAUUCACAGUUUAGGCUACAGGGUGGUGAAAGUGCACGGUGAUGAACUUGAUGCUCCUUUCCAAUAAAAUCGAGGGUCUUAAUUUGUAUGCUAGUGACAUGAUGAUCGGUGCUUAGCUGCCAAUGAACAAACAAAAAUGAUUUUGCUCUUAUCCAUCUCAUCAUAUAACCUAACCUGUCCAGUGCCCACUUUAUCAGCUAACUGUUGUCUAGAGAGCAUGCACGAAAACCAGAUUGGGCAAGUUUGCCAUUUGUCGCAACAGUUUGUCUGACAACACUAUCAAUAGAGUGAAAAAUGCAAUGGAAACACAUUUAACUCCUGUUUUUUUAUUUGGUACAUGAACCUUAAGUGCAAAAGUUAUUUUUAUGUGCACUACUUCAUCACGCACAGCCUUUUAUCCCCAACAAAAUCAGUCUGAUGGAAACACCUCUGGUGUGGAAAUGCAUUUUUUUACUGCUGAUUUUAUCAUAUACGCAUGAAAAUCUGUCGCAAAUUGAAUGGAAACCUAGCUACUGUGCUAGAUCUUUUUAGUACAGCUCUCCCCUUGUAUAUGGUGGUGAUGGAAGAAAACCCCUCUAGAUUAGAGAGUGGCUGUCCUUGACUGGUCCUGGGCAGUGGUAUGUUCUGUUGAUGUUCAUCCUCUUUCAUUUAGGAGUUUGCGACUUGGGAGUUACAGAAUGGCUUCACAUGUCUCAAGGCGGCCAAUUAUAUCUCCCGAUACAGUCCUCGUAUAGUUCUCAGAAACAGAAGAGCAUGUUGCAGUGGUGUUUAGGGCAUUAAGUAUUAACUCAAGUGACGACACUGUUAGAGAGCGAAUCAUGAGCACCCUUCAUAUGGAAUUAAGGAGGAUAAUCCUGAUACUCUGGAUAGGUUCCCAGUCCUCUUCCUGUUCUUUCUCCAUCUGUCCAGCCCUAUUGGCUCACCUCUGGCAAUGAGGCAUCGUGACAAAAAAACCUUGGGGUACUAUCAAAUUGUAUUACUCACAUGCGCCGAAUACAACAGGUGUAGACCUUACAGUGAAAUGCUUACUUACAAGCCCUUAACCAACAAUGCAGUUUAAAGAAAAAUAAGUGUUAAGUAAAAAGUGGAUAACUAAAAAAUAACAAAUAAUUAAAGAGCAGCAGUAAAAUAACAGUAGUGAGGCUAUAUACAGGGGGUACCGGUACAGAGUCAAUGUGUGGGGGCACAGGUUAGUCGAGGUAAUUGAGGUAAUAUGUACAUGUAGGUAGAUUUUAAAGUGACUAUGCAUAAUAAACAGAGAGUAGCAGCAGCGUAAAAGAGGGUGUGAAAUGCUUACUUACAGGCCCGUCCCAACAUGCAGAGAGAAAGAAAAUAGAGAAAUAAUAGAAAAAUAAUAAUAAAUAUAACGUGGCUAUAUACAUGGGGUACCGAGUCGAUGUGCAGGGGUACGAGGUAAUUGUACAUAUAACUAGGAAUAAAGUGACUAGGCAACAGGAUAGAUAAUAAACAGUAGCCGCAGCGUAUGUGAUGAGUAAAAAGUGAGUGCAAAAAGGGUCAAUGCAGAUAGCCCGGGUAGCUAUUUGGUUAACUAUUUAACUAACUAUCUAGCAGUCUUAUGGCUUGGGGGUAGAAGCUGUUCAGGGUCCUGUUGGUUCCAGACUGUGCAUCGGUAUUGCUUGCCGUGCAGUAGCAGAGAGAACAGUCUAUGACUUGGGUGGCUGGAUUGUUUGACUAUUUUUGGGGGGCCUUCCUCUGACACCGCCUGGUAUAGAGGUCCUGGAUGGCAGGGAGCUCGGACCCAGUGAUGUACUAGGCCGUACGCACUACCCUCUGUAGCGCCUUGUGGUCAGAUGCCAAGCAGUUGCCAUACCAAGCAGUGAUGCAGCCAGUCAAGAUGCUCUCAAUGGCUCAGCUGUAGAACCUUUUGAGGAGCCGAGGGCCCAUGCCAAAUCUUUUCAGCCUCCUGAGGGGAAGAGGCGUUGUCGUGCCCUCUUCAUGACUGUGUGGGUGUGUGUGGACCAUGAUAGAUCCUGUGUGUCUUAGGAAACAAUACGUUGACUGUCUGUCUCCCUCCUUUCAACAGCUGUGGUCCCAUGGUAUUAGACGCCCUCAUCAAGAUCAAGAAUGAGAUGGACGGCACUCUGACUUUCCGUCGCUCCUGCAGAGAGGGUCAGUCUCCAGUGGUGGGAAGGGAAGUGGGGUUAGUUUGGGGAUACUGAUGAAUAGAUGAAAUGGUUGGAAUGAUUUUAGUGGUGAAUCACUAAAUGUUCUGUGCGGAGUGAGAGAAGAGCUGGGAUCAGUGUUCUUAAAGGUUGGCUUGCUGUUUUUUUUACUGUUACAUUAGGGGAUUUAGAUAGCAUCAUCGUUGGAAAAAGAUUGGAGAAGAGGUUGAAAGGUUGGGCGUUUGAUCCCUGGCCCAGUCAUACCAAAGACUGUAAAAAUGGGACCUGAUGCGUCUCUGCUUGGCACUCAGCAUUAAGGAGAUACAUUGGGGGUAAGGUCUUGCGAUAGACUAGCGUCCUGUCUAGAGGGUGUACUUGUACAUCAAGUUGCCUCAUGCUACAGAAACAGGAGAUGGGCUCCUGCUCCUGUGAGCCAUUCCGGCUCGCGCACGCCAAGGUUCGUGCAAGGCUACUAAGGUUGGAAAGUGUGUCCAGGAUGGAAUUAUCUAAGAACAGGCUGUCCAGGGAUAAUACUAGAGCAGCUUAGAUCUAGUGACUGACUAUCCUCAGAUGGAUAUGCUCUAGCCAAGGAAACCUAACACGUGUCAGUUCCUUCUACAACUUCAUUAUGAUGUCCCAGGUGAGUAAUACAGUGUGUGUAUCUGUGGGUUUGCUAUGGAGCAGGUAUCUGCGGAUCCUGUGCAAUGAACAUCAAUGGAGGCAACACACUGGCCUGCCUCAACAAGAUUGACACCAACACCAGCAAGGCUACCAAGAUCUACCCUCUGCCACACAUGUACGUGGUCAAGGACCUGGUGCCUGUGAGUAUCAUCACAUUCCCUCAAAGCUCUUUACAAACUGGCUGUAUUCCUUUAUCCACCAUUAUGGCUUUCAAUGGUCAAUCCCACAUGACAAUUGGAGUGAGUUUGUGAUGGCGUUAUGUUUUGGUUGCAGGAUAUGAGUAAUUUCUAUGCUCAGUACAAGUCCAUCGAGCCCUACCUGAAGAAGAAGGAUGACACAAAUGAGGGAAAGGAACAAUAUCAUCAGACUGUGGAGGACAGACAAAAACUGGUACACCCAAAUUACCUUAGUUCAAUGAGCAUAAUUGAGAUGUUUGAACUGAGGGCUGCAAUUGUGUCCAUUCUGCACUCUUCUCCCUUUCCGCCUCAUGACUUGAUAUUUCUCUCCCUCCCAGGACGGGCUGUAUGAAUGUAUCCUGUGUGCGUGCUGCAGCACCAGCUGCCCCAGCUACUGGUGGAAUGGAGACAAGUACCUGGGACCCGCUGUCCUUAUGCAGGUCUGUGCUUUUGUGUAUUUGAGUUUAAACUAGUCUGAGGGGGAACUUUUUUGUUUAGAGUUGGUGUAUUUUGGUCAACAGGACACUGAUGGGUGAAUGUGUGUAUGUACCUUGGACUGUUUGUGAGCUCACAUGUCCGUCCUCACUCCAGGCCUACCGUUGGAUGAUUGACUCGCGAGACGAGUUCACAGAGGAGCGUCUGUCCAAGCUGCAGGAUCCUUUCUCCCUCUACCGCUGUCACACCAUCAUGAACUGCACUAAGACCUGCCCCAAGGUAACCUCAGUCUAAUAAACAGCACUACUCCCUUCCAAGGUUUAACAGUAACUUCACUGCUUACUAGCACACUCUUCUUCUUUCUCAUUGUACUCAAAUGCAUCACCUCUCUCCUACUCUUACAGGGCCUUAACCCAGGGAAGGCGAUUGCAGAGAUUAAGAAGAUGAUGGCCACUUACAAGGAGAAGAAAUCAGCUGCUGCUUGAAGUCUUGGGUUGUGACUCUUGACCCCCCCCCCUAUAAAUUAUACUAUAAUUAAGAUGCCCUACCAGUGGGUUCUGCUGGGCCUGCACACCUGUCAACUUCAACACCUCCACACUCCUGCACUACUGACUGACACUGGACUCCAAGAGAAAUGGGUGCAUGGUCAACGCCGGAUUGGUGUGUGUACUGUAGCGUGUGUUUGUGUGUUAGAGAAUGCAUGGGUGCAUACUAUAUGUGAGACAUGACCCACUGACUUAAAUGGUGCAUUCCUUGGUUCAUAUACCCAUUGUUUGGUCUCGUAGGUGUGUGUGACUAUGUGUGGGUGGGUUUGAGUUCAGAGUGUGAUGGAUUCACAGACAUUAAAUAUGUAUAUGAUCUGCAGCUCUUCUGUCAUACCUAUAUCUCUCUAUAUAUCUCUAUCAGGAGUCUGCUUGUAAUAAAUCCAAUGGUUUAAUGCCUGCCAUUGUUUCCCUUGUUAUUAUGCCUGCUUCUGACCAGAUGUCUCUUCCACUUUAUUCCAUUAGUAAUAGUUAUCACCACUUAAUUUAUCAGCACCUUCAUUGAGUGGUGUGAUUAUUUGUACAGCAUUUGAAUGAUGAUGGGUUUAAGGAUCAGCUAAAUACUUUUUUUUUU